AUGUCGAACCUAUCACGCAUAUGCUGGCAGGUCAACAUGCUCAAAUCCUUGGAUCAUCCGCACAUUGUGCGUGUCUUCGAGGCCUUCGAGAGCGAGGAGAGCCUGCACAUCGUGAUGGACUAUGCGGAGGGUGGCGACCUGGCCUCUGUGAUACGAGAGACGGUGGACACGGAGACGUUGCUCCCACAGCCCUGGGUGCGCGAGGCGGCAGUGCAGAUGGCAUCGGCGUUGGACUACAUGCACUCUCGUGGCGUUAUCCACUGUGACCUGAAGCCCGGAAACACUAUGCUCUUGACUCCUUUCAGCAUGGAGGAUGCAAUGAAUGGCUCCUGGCCACAUGUAUUGCUAGUGGACUUUGGCCUAGCAGAGAUUUUUGAUGAGCAGGUCGCACUAGGUGGACCUGCAACUGUGAAAGGCAGCCCAGCCUACCUCUCACCGGAAGGGUUUGAUGGAAAGCUGACACAGAAAUCAGACACCUGGGCUUUGGGUGUAAUGCUCUACGAGAUGCUCGUGGGUGCCAGACCAUUCCGAGGGACCAACAAUAUUUUCGUUUUAUAUUGCCAGGUUGCGAACAAUGAGCCUGCCUUUGACAAAGUUCCCGAAGUUCCUCGAUCUCUGGUCGUCGCGCUGAUGGCAAAGGAUCCUCAAGCCCGCAUUUCUGCAAGGCAGUGCUUUGACCAUGAUUGGCUCCGAUCGGCCCUCAGCGAGUUGGAUGAUCACCUGCAGAUGCCGGAGGGACUUGGCCGCCCAACAAGCUACUUCUACCGAGCCGUGACUUUCUGCAUGGCUGCGGCCUUGGGCAUGAAGGACCUGAGCCGGGACACGAAGCUCUUCGAGAACUUUGACACAGACAAGUCGGGCCAACUGGACACGGAAGAACUGAAAGCGGGCUUGGCCAGGUUGGGACUCCGACAGGAUCCGAGUGGUCUCAUGGCAGCUAUGGACCUCGACCAGGAUGGCCAGAUCUCGUACACAGAGUUUCUGGCAGCGACCUUGUGUCUGGACGAGGAGCGCGGGGAGCGCUUGAUGAGAUACGCGCUCCCUGACUGCCUCGAAUUCAGGGGAUGA